AGAACGUUGCGUUUCGUGCACUUACCACCGCUUCCAAGCUUUGGACUUUCACACAUUUCCGCCGCACAGCCAGCAGAAGCAGUUGAGAUUUCUCUACGGUUAUUUCGAGCCGUACGAUGGCGGAGAAGCAGCUGAUCGUGGCCGUUGAAGGCACCGCCGCCAUGGGGCCCUACUGGGCAACCGUCGUCUCCGAUUACCUUGAUAAGAUCAUCAGGAGUUUCUGUGGAAACGAGCAAAGUGGGCAGAAGCUCUCGACUUCUACUGUUGAGCUCUCCCUGGUCACAUUCAAUACUCAUGGAUCUUAUUGUGGUUGCCUGGUACAACGGAGUGGCUGGACAAGGGAUGUGGAUCUCUUCUUACAUUGGCUUUCAGCUAUACCCUUUUCUGGGGGUGGGUUUAGUGAUGCUGCAAUUGCGGAAGGGCUUUCGGAAGCUUUAAUGAUGUUCCCUACAGUUCAAAAUGGAAGCCAAAAUCAACAAAAUGUGGAUUUUCAGAAGCAUUGUGUUCUUAUUGCUGCGAGUAACCCUCACCCUCUGCCCACACCAGUGUAUCGGCCACAAAUUCAAAAUUUGGAGCAAAAUGAAAAUAUUGAUGCACAAACAGAAAAUCGUCUUUAUGAUGCUGAGGCUGUUGCUAAAUCAUUUCCACAGAGCUCUGUUUCGCUGUCAGUCAUUUGUCCAAAACAGCUACCUAAGCUCAGAGCAAUAUACAAUGCAGGAAAGCGCAACCCUAGAGCGGCAGAUCCACCAAUUGAUAAUGCGAAAAAUCCCCACUUUAUUGUUUUAAUCUCGGAGAAUUUUAUGGAGGCCCGUGCUACUUUAAGUCGUCCAGGAAUUACAACUUUGCCCUCAAAUCAGAGUCCUGUAAAAAUGGACAUAGCUCCUGUUGCUUCAGUUACUGGGCCGCCUCCAACUUCUAUGCCCUCAGUGAAUGGACCUGUUAUGAAUCGGCAACCAAUUUCUGUUGGAAAUGUGCCUCCUGCUACUGUAAAAGUUGAGCCAAGUACCGUAAGUUCCAUGGGACCUUCUUUUGCACACAUCCCAUCUGUCCGUCCUCCCUCCCAAGGAGUCCCAAGCUUGCAGACUUCGUCACCAUCUUCUGCUUCUCAAGAGAUGGCCACAAAUAAUGAUAAUGUGCCAGAUUUGAAACCUGUAGUGAGUGGUGUGACACAUCCCUCGCGUCCUGUCGGUAGCAUCCUCAAUAACAUCUCUCAAGCACGCGUGAUGAACGCAGCAGCCUUAACUGGAGGAACUUCUAUGGGACUCCCAACUAUGGGUCAAAAUCCUAUGGCCAUGCAUGUAUCAAACAUGAUAUCUAGUGGAAUGGCAUCUUCAGUUGGUGCUGCUCAAAAUGUAUUUUCAUCAUCAGGGUCCGGCACUCUUACACAGGUUGCGCAGAACCCAGGUCUUAAUUCAUUCACUUCAGGUACCUCUAAUGUCUCUGGCAACAAUAACCUUGGGAUGUCACAACCAAUGAGUAACCUCCAAGGUGGUGUUAGUAUGGGUCAAGCUGUGCCUGGUAUGAGCCAAGGAAAUCUCUCGGGACAGCAAAUGGUUCAAAGUGGAAUUGGCAUGAACCCAAACAUGAUGAGUGCCCUUGGUUCAACAGGUGCCUCUUCUGGAACUGGUACAAUGAUUCCUACUCCAGGAAUGGCUCAACAGGUGCAAUCUGUGCAGUCACUUGGUGCAAACAAUAAUUCAGCAUCUAAUGUGCCGUUUUCACAACAGACAUCAAGUGCUCUGGCAUCUGCACAAUCCAAAUAUGUGAAAGUCUGGGAGGGAAAUUUAUCUGGGCAGAGACAAGGGCAGCCUGUGUUUAUCACUAGAUUGGAGGGUUACAGGAGUGCUUCAGCUUCUGAGACGCUUGCAGCAAACUGGCCACCAACAAUGCAAAUAGUGAGGCUCAUAUCUCAGGACCACAUGAAUAACAAGCAAUAUGUUGGAAAGGCAGACUUUUUAGUUUUUCGGGCAAUGAAUCAGCAUGGGUUUCUUGGGCAAUUGCAAGAGAAGAAACUUUGUGCAGUGAUCCAAUUGCCCUCUCAGACACUACUGCUCUCUGUUUCAGACAAAGCAUGCCGCUUGAUUGGAAUGCUGUUUCCAGGGGAUAUGGUUGUGUUUAAGCCACAAGUAGGCGGUCAGCAACAGCAGCAACAAAUGCAACAGCUACAACAGCAACAAAUUCAAGUAGGCGGUCAGCAACAACACAUGCAAGUUCCCGGUCAGCAACAGCAGCAACAAAUGCAAGUACCCGGUCAGCAACAACAGCAACAAAUGCAAGUACCCGGUCAGCAACAGCAGCAACAAAUGCAAGUACCCGGUCAGCAACAACAGCAUCCUCAGAUUCAACAACAACAUCCACAGAUUCAACAGCAGCACCCUCAGAUUCAACAACAGCAGCAACUCUCGCAGCAGCAGCUCUCACAACUUCAAUCACAACAGCAACUGCCGCAGCUUCAGCAAUUGCAGCAACAGCAUCAACAACAACAGUUGGUUGGGACAGGGAUGACUCAAGGUUAUGUUCAAGGCCGGUCACAAUUAGUCUCACAGGGACAGGUUUCGUCACAAGGGCCUAAUAUGCCUGGAGGGAGCUUUAUGGGUUAAAUAAGAGCUUCAACUUGUUAUAAACACUCGGGGACUCGCAUAUAAAUAACUUUACUAUCAGCCAGUGUAAUCCCUAAUGAUCGGACUUUUAUUUAUCAGUUUCAGAGGCCUAUCUUUUUAGAUGAAAAUUAUGAAACUGUGGCUAGUUACUUGACCUGCGUUGGAUAGAAAUUUGUGAUGCUUUUGCAUGUUCUUCAUGCCGAUGUCGUACGGCGGACUAUUAGUAACUCUACUGAUGUUAAAGGGAUUAUGCCUGAUAAGUGAUCCCUGCAUUUGGGUUCUUCUUCUAAUGGAUGCCUUACUGUUAAAUAUGCUUAUGAAUUAAGUGCUGGUUUUGUUCAA